AAUGACUUUUAGUCCUUAAUAAACACCUUAAAAAAAUAGUGGAGAGAGUGACUUUGCACAAACUGUUCCGAAAUAAACACUAUUUCUUUUGGCCCAAACAACUGUUUCUUAGGAAUUAUAAAGAUCAGACGCCGAAUAGAACAAGUCAGCUUUGUUUUCUACGUCUCCACUUGUCACUCUCUCAUCAAAGCCGGCUCUCUCUCUCGAGCUCACUCUCUCUUCUUUAUAUUACUUUCAUUUUCUUCAAUCUUUCAUUUCUUCAAUUUCCAUGGAUUUUCAUUCAAAACCCACUUAGAGAAACAUCAUCUGAACCCCGAAAAUGAAUAGGUUGAUAAGCUUAGAACCAUCCAAUCUAGUGGCCAUAAGAAUAGAGCCAGGGCAAAAAUGCUACGGCCAAAUCACGCUGCGCAACGUCAUGUACACCAUGCCGGUGGCCUUUAGGUUUCAACCACUCAUCAAAACCCGUUACUCGGUCAAACCACAGUCGGGGAUCAUACCACCGCUCGAGAAAAUAACGGUUGAGAUCGUUUACCACCUCACUCCGGGUUCUACUCUCCCGGAGUAUUUUCCUUACUCGAACGAUUCUUUCCUCUUGCACAGCGUCGUGGUCCCUGGAGCAACAACUAGAGACUACUCCACCACAUACGAUGCCGUUCCGAGCGAUUGGUUCACCACGAAGAAGAAGCAAGUGUUCACGGAUAGUGGUGUUAAGAUCAUGUUCGUCGGAUCAUCGGUGCUGGCUCGGCUCGUAGCCGACGGUUCCAUGGAUGAAAUCAGAGAUGUUCUUGAGAAGAGUGACCCUUCUUGGAGGGCUGCCGACUCGGUUGACUACGAGGGACAGAGUUUACUUCACUCGGCAAUCUCUCAAAGCCGAGCUGAUCUCGUUCAGCUCAUUCUCGAGUUCGAUCCUGAUGUCGAGGCUCCGAGCCGGUCCGGGUGUAGCCCGAUUGAGGCUGCGGCGGAUUCUGGCGAGGCCUUGAUUGUUGAGCUUUUGCUGGCUAGGAAAGCGAGCACGAACAGGUCGGAGAAUUCGACUUGGGGUCCGAUCCAUUUGGCCGCCAGAGGCGGCCAUAUAGACGUUUUGAGGCUUUUGAUACUAAAAGGUGCUAACGUCGAUGCCCUAACGAAGGACGGUAACACCGCUUUACACCUCGCCGUUGAGGAGCAAAGGCGGGACUGUGUGAGGCUUUUGCUUGCAAAUGGCGCCAUGCCGGAUAUCCGUGACACUUUCGAUGGUGAUGCGCCGCUGCAUAUUGCGGCGGUCCUCGGGGACGAGUAUUUAGUGAAGCUCUUGCUCCAGAAAGGUGCAAACAAGUACGUCAGGAACCGCGCCGGCCGAACAGCCUACGAUGUCGCGGCUGAGAACGGCCAUGCUAAGCUCUUUGAUGCUCUCCGGCUCGGGGAUAACCUCUGCACCGCCGCGAGAAAAGGAGAGGUUAGGACGAUGGUGAGACUUAUCGAGCACGGCGCGGCGAUCAACGGACGAGACCAACAUGGGUGGACGGCUCUCCACCGGGCUUGUUUCAAGGGACGCGUGGAGGCCGUUCGAGCUUUGCUCGAGAAGGGAGUUGAUGUUGAUGCUAAGGACGAAGACGGGUACACGGCGCUGCACUGCGCGGCGGAGUCGGGCCAUGCCGACGUGAUAGAGUUGGUGGUGAAGAAAGGCGGCGCGGACGUGGAGGCUCGGACGAAUAAGGGUGUGACUGCGCUGCAGAUUGCCGAGUCGUUGGGUUAUAGUGGGAUCACUAGGCUACUCAUUCAUGGUGGUGCUACAAGAGAUCAUAAAAAUAAUACUAAGAAUAAUUAUAAUGAUGAUGAUAUUUCACAAAAGAUGAUUGUUUCAAUGGAGGGAGAUCAAGAGUUGAAGAAGAAGAAAAGCAGGAUUCGAGGAAGAGCAGUUCGUGGUAGCUUUGACAGGUCUAAGGCUUUGGUCAUGGUUUAAGUGGCCAAGCAUUAUUGGUAUAUAUGUUAAUGGUGGGUUUAUAUUUUUUUUGGCUUUUCUUAGCCUGGGUUGUGGUGUUGAAUAGAAAUGUAUAAUCAUUCUCAUAUAUAUGUUUAAUUUUUAGUUAUGAUAUUCUUGAGAGAAAUUGAAUGUUUUUUUUCUUUCUUUUUUGUUUGCACUUCAUAUAUGGACAUUGGUUUUAGUUUCAAAUUUUGAAGAUGAAAUAAUUUUUUUGAUUUAGAAUGCUAAAUCCUGCUAUUUACCUUCUUUUUGGUUUUCAAUUGCAAAUUGAAUGUUAUUGCCGUUGCAAUUUAUGUUCUAAAAGAAAUAUGAGUAUUUUCUUAAUUUGAUUGGAGUGUGUGUGAUAUAGAAUGUGUUGGUUUUAUAUGGAAAUUGUUGGUCUUAAUAAGGAGAGUGGUAGA